AUCAGAAUCAGAAAUACUUUAUGUGGCGUAUUUUCUGCGUGUUCCUCCUCCUACUUCCUGUCUGAUAAAACCUGAGGGGCUCAGACAGAAACACAGAGACACAAACUUUGGUAGAAACUUUGACUGCAACAGCAGAAUAAAGCACAAAGUCAGAUUUAGGAGCAGCAGUCAGGUGAAAUAAACAGCAAACUGAGACCAGUGGAGACGUUUCAGGGGCCCGAAGAUGUCCUCCAACAUUUAUGAAGACCCAGAUCUGAUGCGUAACGUGAUAUACAGCAAAGGAGAGGACGGAGGAGCGAGAGUGGAGAGACUGGUCGACAUCUACGAGGGUGCAGGCGCUUUGACAGAACAUCGUGUUGAUCUUUCAGCGCAGGAUGAAAGAGCACACGGCGUUCCACCUCAGAGAAACCUUCUGAGCGCUGCUGUACUGGUCCUCGGUUUACUGAGUCUCCUGCUUGUCGCUGGAGUCACCGUCCUGUCCAUCUUCUAUGUGUCAGUCAACUGGGAGAAAGACCUGCUCAACCGCACUUAUCAGACCAGUUUGGAGGAGCUGCACAGCAGCUAUGAGAACCUGAGCACCAGUUACUGCUGGCCACAGGGGAGAAAAGGCCGUACGCAGGGGAACGUUACAAGAUGGAAGAGAUUUCGAUGCAGUUGUUACUACAAAUCCAGUGAGAUGAAAAGCUGGAUGGACAGCAGGAGAGACUGUCAGAGCAAAGGAGCAGAUCUGCUCAUCAUAAACAGUAAAGACGAACAGGAGUUCGUCAGUGAGCUGAGCCAACAUGGAGCUUCCUGGAUCGGCCUGCAGGCAGUGAAAAGGGAUGAGUGGCAGGAGGACGUGGAAUGGAGAUGGGUGGACAGAUCGAAACCAACAUAUAUGGCCUGGCGUGUAGGAGUCAACGUAAACCCUGAGGACGGAUCCAGAGGAUACAUCGGACAGCAAGGAACAUUUGAACACACCACCAAUCACCAAACAUCCAAACACUGGAUCUGUGAGAAAGAAAAUGCUUGAGAAUCUUCUGGCAACAACACAUGGAACUGUAAUAUAAAGGGUUAUUGCACAUAA